AUGAAAUCAUGCUUCCUUCUUCGGAUCCUUCAAGGGGUUGGAUACGUCCUCUUUGCCACGACCAUCUUCACCCUCGUCGUCCACUUCUUCCCUAAAUCCAUGGGUACUGUUCUCCUGGGAGGAUUCAAGUUACCGUUCAUCGUGUUGGGAACGACUCAGAUGAUAGCUUCACUGCUCGCUUUCCCGGCUCUCCCCUCCAGUUCACUGAGAGACUUCCAGUCUGUGGAUCUUCCACGGAUGAAGCCAUUCCUUUUUCACUUGAGCUCGUGGGUCGUCUGCCUCGCCGUUGUCGUCGUCUCUUCGGCCUGCGCCUUCUUCUAUCCCGUCUUGCAACCGCACGUGGAGGCCGCUUUCGGAAUGACCGAAGGUACCACGCCCCUCAUGUACCUGGUUCUCGCGGGUACUUAUUGUGUGACCGGGUUUCUCUCCGGUUAUAUAUCCGAUUACUACCCCCAAUGGAGGAAGGCUCAGCUGGGAAUCGCCUUCCUGGCUAUCGCCUUCUCUUUUCUCCUUCUAGGGCCUGCCUCUUUUCUUCACAUUCCAAGGUCACUGGGACUUCUCAUCGGGUCCCUCGUCCUGACUGGAGCCAGUUUCUCUUUCUCCCUCAUUCCCACAUAUGCAAUCAUCAAUGAGGAGGCCAGGCUCGCAGGAUACGAUGAUAACAUCGGGACGGCGAGUCUCAUGUCCGGCAUGUGGAACUCCAUGUUUUCACUCGGAAUCACCCUGUAUUUCGAGGAUUUUUUCUCCCCUUUAUGCGGGGAAGCUGUUGGUCCAGCAGUAUCGGGUGCCCUGUACGAUGUCUCCGACUUCUCCACGGCUGCCAUCGUCUUCGCUGGGAUCUGCUUCGGGACUAGCAUUCUCCAUACCAAUGUCUAUGAAAGCGAAGUAUUCAAGAUUGAACACCACGAGGAAAUCAAAGUGGGGCAGCGAAAAUCGUAA